AUGCAAAUGCCUCCGACUUUCGGUUCCAUCGAUUCGAAGGGCGACGUUCUUGGUGCGAUGGGUCGAGUCAACGGCUCGGCCGGUUCAACUGCCCCAAAUUACUUUAACAAUUCUGACGAUUCAAGCGACCUAAGUGACCCAAGUGACCCAAGCGACCUGAAUGCUCCGAAUGGCUCACAUGGCUCAAAUGCCUCAAAUGCCUCAAAUGCCUCUAAUGGACCUCUUAAAGUGGCAACGCACAAGCUCUCAUCUAAAAGUACUGUGGUUCCAGACGAAUUCACUGUUAAAGGUGCUACUCCUUCGGGAAAGCCCCGUUUGUACGUCUGUCGCGUUUGCACAAGGGCUUUUGCUCGUCAGGAACAUUUGAAAAGACAUGAGCGUUCCCAUACUAAAGAAAAGCCCUUUGCUUGCAGUAUCUGCUCACGUAAGUUCAGUCGAAGAGACUUGUUACUGAGGCACUCUACGAAAUUGCACGCUGGUGCUGCAAAUGCUGUUCCAAGGCUUCGUCGUCGGUCUGUCCGGUCCAAGAACCCCAAAAAUGGUGUCAAGUCUGCCAAAGUUGGUUCCAUUCCUAUGACUAAGGUGGCCUCGGCUCCCGCUAAAGCGGCACUUGCAAAUUCCGCUACUAAUGCCAAUUAUCCUGCUACCACCUCUGCAAACUUUGAGUCCGUACUUCAUUCCUCCACUGCUCUGAACCCAUUUUUUUCCUCCAUCGAUGAUCCUCUUGGUUCAUCGGCUCCAUCAUGGAUUCAAAAUGUACGAAAAGAAGAACCAUCCCAGCAAAUGCACUUACACGAUCCUUUUCAGUUUCCUACAAACUCCAAUCCUGCAAAUUCCGAUAUUCCAACUCUCAUUACUGUUCCGACUCAUGAUCGGCGUAGGGCAUCGUUCUCUGCUAUGGGCGGUGACAACUAUGCAGUAGCUGAUCAGGUUCCUUAUGCCGUUGAUUCUGUCGAGUUUUCUACUCCUCAGUACUACGGACUGGAAGGAGAAUCUGAAAAAUGGCUUAACCACGUGACAUCGGGCGAUACCCAGAGCAAUGCUUCACCGGAUCCUAUUUCUUCUUUGAAUGAUUCCUCGUCUUCCGGUGACCGUCCACCCAAUUUAGGUUACUCGUUUUAUGAUGUUCCCUCCAGAAAUUUCGGAACUCUUUUUACUCAUGCAGCAACCAAGUCUGUGCCCAAGUCUGUACUGCAAUCAAGAUUAAGAUCUAUUUCUUCCACACUACUUGAGUCUGUACAAGAGACGGAAAAUGAGAUGGCUGCCUCAGCCAGUAAAGUUGCAGAUUCAACAACUGCCUUUGUUGCUACUGCUACUGCCACUGCUACACCACAAAAACCCGGAGUCGAGAAAGUGAAAAGCUGGCAGCAAACUUUGUUUAACCAGGAUAUCAACUAUUUGGAGACCAUUGCCGAUUUGAAUGUCUCCAAGCCUUACGAUAUUCCUCAAGGUUAUUCUUUUUACGGUGAAGAUCAGGCUUUCCCUAGAGAUUCAUCUCUUUCUUCAAACGCUACAAUUUCUCCCUCAUUGUUGGAUAACCUUCGAUCCACCAGUUCCAAAAUUAAUCCAGAUGAUGUUCAAAAGGACACGGGUUUCUCAUCCAAGGACUUGGCAUUUAACGACUUUUUCAUGAGUGAUGAUGCCUGCAAAAAGUACUCCAGAGUGAAUCUCUUUAGUCCUACUAUUCGAAAUUAUAUUUAUCAGUCAUUGGCACAGUACCCCUUUCUCGGUGUCGUUUCACCUACGAUUCCCAAAAAUGAUAAGCUAAACCAUUAUGUGGAGGAGUUCAAGACAAGGUUCCUCAUUCAUCUUCCAUUUAUUCAUCAAUCAUUACUCAACGAGUACUCACUUAUGGUUACCACUCUAAGCAGUGUCGAGUCAGAUAUCAUUAAAGACGAGAACUUCAUCUACAAUAUUCGAGUUUCCUUUGUCUGUUUGCCUCUUCUCGUUGCUGCCUUGGGAGCUGUGGUCUCUAACAGCAAAGCCGAUGCAGCAAAUUUGUAUGAGGCUUCCAGAAGGUGCACGCAUGUUUAUCUCGAAACGCGAAAGAAGCUCAAGAAGCAAUCUGAUCUGGGUUCUGAUGCAUCUUCUGGGAGCAGAAAAAAAAAUGAAAGUGGCAUUCACACUCCUAAAACUACAGAUGGCUCUACUUCCCCGUUAUGGUUGAUUCAAUCUCUCACUCUAUCAGUAAUCUAUGGCCUUUUUGCAGACGAAGAUACUAGUUUAAAUGUGGUGAUUCGUCAGGUAAAUGCGCUCUCCUUCUUGGUGAAGAGUUCUGGUUUGAACAGGAUUAGUUUUGACUUUUCAAACUGUCCGAAUGUGACCCAAAUCUACUUUGACAACUUCAUUCGAUAUGAGUCUACAGUCAGGACUAUCCAUACAGUUUUUCAUAUCUCUUGUAUGUUAUGCACUUUGUACAAUAUCUCUCCGUCUUUGAGAGCUGAGGAGUUAUUUGUUGACUUGCCCAGCGCCACGAUGCUUUGGAAGUGCACCAGUGUGGAAGAGUUUAAGAAAUUGCUAGAAAAUUUUGACUUUAGUCCUCAGAAUUAUCAGGAUGCCCUUGUUGAACUCUUGCAUAUUGAUUUAAGUACCUUUGACGCCAAUACAGGGUUACUCGGUGGACACAAUUUUCUGUCUGAAAAUCAUAUCUCUGAAUUUGGGUUGGUUUGUCUUCAGAACGGACUUCACCAGUUGGCCUACUUCCUGGAGUUGAAAGACGAAGGUUCCUCCCCUUCAUUGUCACCUGUGGUUUCUGGACCCGAUGAACUGCAUAAUGUUUCCAGAGAGAAGUUUUUCCUGAUCAGUCAAGCCUGGGAUUCUAUGUUGAGAGCAUUCAAGUUGUAUAAUGAUACAGCUGAGGUGUACAAUGACAGUAAGAUUUUAAACCGAUUUUUGAGCUUAAGAUUGAACGGUAUGAUGAAGUUGGAGAAGGUCAAGGAGUGUGUUUGGUUGAAGAACUUCUUACGUGCUAAUGAAGUUUACUAUGAAAAUUUAAACUACACGGAAUCUCAGAUGAGGGACAGCGAUUUCAAGAAAGGGCUCAUUCAAAUGUCUGGAGACUCGAUUGGAAUAAUUAAGUUAUUUUUUUUCAGAGAAGAUUCGUCGUUGAUAGGAUCGCUGAGAGAGGAAGAUCUGGAUAUGUUGAACAGCGAGAUCAGUCAAUUGGCAGACCUUUGCGGUGUAGGAGAUGACAUUUCCAAGGUGAAUUUGAACGUGACACAUAGAGUGUCUAUUGAAAUGCAGGUCCUAUUUGACGUAUUUUUAGCUCUUUCCAAAUAUGUGACGAAUUUUGAAAACAUCUUCAAGAUGAGGAUGAAAGAGAAUGGAUUAUCUAGUUUCAGUUUGCUACAGCAUUUUGGGUUGUCGUCAAUGGUGUUUAACGAUGGGAGUAAAAUAUUGGAAACAGAGUCAGACAAACAAUUGGAUGAUCAAAUGUACAAAAGUUACCUACGAAUCAUGAAGGUGUACUUAAGUUUGGAACAUUUUUUGAAAGUCAACUACGAAUAUCAGGAUUUUGAAGAAGAGUUUUUCAGCCUAACUAUCUCAAAUGUAGUAAGGGAAAGUCAUGUGCCAAGUUCCGAAUGUGUUAUGAAAGAUAAAGAGUUGAUUAUUAGUGAGUUAGUCCAAUUCAAGCUCUCGCACAGACUUUUGAAGCUUGGAUCUUUCCUCAUGAACUUUCUCUAUGAUAGAAACUGCAAGUUUAUGAUUUUCAAGCAAUUAAGUGCUGCAUUAUUCCACCUCAGAAUUUACCUAGAAGCAAAGGAGUAA